AUGUUGUGUUUUGCCGUAUUUCUAGUUAUAACUACGAUAGUAGCUACAACUGCAUCUCCUUUGUACAAUGAUACAAGGGUAGAAGGUGGUUGUACAAUUACUUCUUACUCACAAGUUAGUAACGUAGUAAAAAGUUGUACAAACAUAAUUGUCAACGGACUUGCAGUGCCACCUGGAAAAACUUUGCAACUCGACCUGAAAUCUGGGUCUACUUUAACUUUCCAAGGUACUACAUCUUUUGGUUAUGGUGUAAAAUGGGCAGGGCCACUAAUAUUUAUUACUGGAAAUAGGAUUACUGUGAAUGGCGCUUCUGGUUCAAAAUUAGAUGGUCAAGGACCUCAUUACUGGGAUGGCAAAGGUGACGCAAAUCCAGGAAAACCAAAAUUCUUUAGAAUUAAAGCAACUGGAGGAUCAUAUAUCAACAAUAUUCACUUAUUGAAUUGUCCUCAUCAAUGUGUAUCUAUCCAAAACUCCAACCAACUCACUUUAUCAGGAUGGAAUGUAGAUGUUUCCGCUGGUGACAGGAAUAAAUUAGGACACAAUACCGAUGGAUUUGACAUUUCGAGUUCAGAUACAGUAACAAUUAAAAACUCUGUUGUAAAGAACCAAGAUGAUUGUGUUGCUGUUAAUUCUGGUAAAAACUUACACUUUUCAAACUUGCAAUGUUCCGGUGGACACGGCUUAAGCUUGUCUAUUGGAAUGAGUAAAACUGAUGCUUCUAAAAACGUGGUGUCCAAUGUAACUUUUAGUGAUUGUACUGUUACAAAUUCUCGUAAUGGUAUCCAUGUUAAAACGCAUUCAGAUGCUGGUCACGGAUCUGUUAAUGAUAUUACUUACAGUAACAUACACUUAUCUGGAAUCACCAACUACGGAAUAAAUGUACAACAAGAUUAUAAAGGAGGUAAAUCAACUGGAAAUCCAACUAAUAAUAUUCCAAUUAAAGGAUUGAAAAUAAGUAAGGUAACUGGAACUAUGAGCGGAUCUAACUCAGUAGCAGUUUAUGUAAUGUGUGGAUCUAGCGGAUGUUCCAACUUCAAUUGGUCUGGAGUCUCGGUUUCUGGUGCAAAGAAAGGAAGUACGUGUAAAAAUUACAAACCUUCAGGAAUUAGUUGUAAACAAAUAUAA